AUGUUAAAUUACCAACUAGAACAGCAGUCCCCGAAAGCAGUGUGGCCACCACUGACCUACCAACUAGAACAGUCCCCACAAACACUGUCGUCCCCGAGGUCGUCCCCACAAGCAGUGUGGCCACCACUGCAAGAAUACCAACUAGAACAGUCCCCACAAACACUGUCGUCCCCGAGGUCGUCCCCACAAGCAGUGUGGCCACCACUGCAAGAAUACCAACUAGAACAGUCCCCACAAACACUGUCGUCCCCGAGGUCGUCCCCACAAGCAGUGUGGCCACCACUGCAAGAAUACCAACUAGAACAGUCCCCACAAACACUGUCGUCCCCGAGGUCGUCCCCACAAGCAGUGUGGCCACCACUGCAAGAAUACCAACUAGAACAGUCCCCACAAACACUGUCGUCCCCGAGGUCGUCCCCAGAAGCAGUGUGGCCACCACUGCAAGAAUACCAACUAGAACAGUCCCCACAAACACUGUCGUCCCCGAGGUCGUCCCCACAAGCAGUGUGGCCACCACUGCAAGAAUACCAACUAGAACAGUCCCCACAAACACUGUCGUCCCCGAGGUCGUCCCCACAAGCAGUGUGGCCACCACUGCAAGAAUACCAACUAGAACAGUCCCCACAAACACUGUCGUCCCCGAGGUCGUCCCCACAAGCAGUGUGGCCACCACUGGAAGAAUACCAACUAGAACAGUCCCCACAAACACUGUCGUCCCCGAGGUCGUCCCCAGAAGCAGUGUGGCCACCACUGCAAGAAUACCAACUAGAACAGUCCCCACAAACACUGUCGUCCCCGAGGUCGUCCCCAGAAGCAGUGUGGCCACCACUGAAAGAAUACCAACUAGAACAGUCCCCACAAACACUGUCGUCCCCGAGGUCGUCCCCACAAGCAGUGUGGCCACCACUGGAAGAAUACCAACUAGAACAGUCCCCACAAACACUGUCGUCCCCGAGGUCGUCCCCACAAGCAGUGUGGCCACCACUGCAAGAAUACCAACUAGAACAGUCCCCACAAACACUGUCGUCCCCGAGGUCGUCCCCAGAAGCAGUGUGGCCACCACUGAAAGAAUACCAACUAGAACAGUCCCCACAAACACUGUCGUCCCCGAGGUCGUCCCCACAAGCAGUGUGGCCACCACUGGAAGAAUACCAACUAGAACAGUCCCCACAAACACUGUCGUCCCCGAGGUCGUCCCCAGAAGCAGUGUGGCCACCACUGCAAGAAUACCAACUAGAACAGUCCCCACAAACACUGUCGUCCCCGAGGUCGUCCCCAGAAGCAGUGUGGCCACCACUGCAAGAAUACCAACUAGAACAGUCCCCACAAACACUGUCGUCCCCGAGGUCGUCCCCACAAGCAGUGUGGCCUCCACUGCAAGAAGUAAGUUUUAUGUUUAAAUGUUAA